AUGUUCUGGAGAGCACCUACCUUAGAGCUCCGUCAACCUUCUCCCUCCACUCACUAUCGAACACUGGAGUCUGGGAAUGGACCGACCGGGGGCGAAGUCGCCCGAGGAGUCGAGGCACGGACCGGCGCGUCGCGCACCACCACAGUCACACUCUCAACAUUCUACAUCGCGUCGCGCACCACCACAGUCGCACUCUCAACAUUCUACAUCGCGUCGCGCACCAUCACAGUCGCACUCUCAACUUUCUACAUCGCGUCGCGCACCAUCACAGUCCCACUCUCAACAUUCUACAUCGCGUCGCGCACCACCACAGUCACACUCUCAACAUUCUACAUCGCGUCGCGCACCACCACAGUCGCACUCUCAACUUUCUACAUCGCGUCGCGCACCAUCACAGUCCCACUCUCAACAUUCUACAUCGCGUCGCGCACCAUCACAGUCGCACUCUCAACUUUCUACAUCGCGUCGCGCACCAUCACAGUCACACUCUCAACAUUCUACAUCGCGUCGCGCACCACCACAGUCACACUCUCAACAUUCUACAUCGCGUCGCGCACCAUCACAGUCACACUCUCAACAUUCUACAUCGCGUCGCGCACCACCACAGUCGCACUCUCAACAUUCUACAUCGCGUCGCGCACCAUCACAGUCGCACUCUCAACAUUCUACAUCGUGUCGCGCACCACCACAGUCGCACUCUCAACAUUCUACAUCGCGUCGCGCACCAUCACAGUCACACUCUCAACAUUCUACAUCGCGUCGCGCACCACCACAGUCACACUCUCAACAUUCUACAUCGCGUCGCGCACCACCACAGUCACACUCUCAACUUUCAACAUCGCGUCCUGCACAACCACAAUAACAAUCUCAACUUUCUACAUCGCGUCCUGCACCACCACAAUAACACUCUCAACGUUCAACAUCGCGUCCUCCACCACCACAAUAACACUCUCAACUUUCUACAUCGCGACGCGCACCAUCACAGUCCCACUCUCAACUUUCAACAUCGCGUCCUGCACCACCACAGUCACACUCUCAACUUUCUACAUCGCGUCGCGCACCAUCACAGUCCCACUCUCAACUUUCUACAUCGCGUCGCGCACCACCACAGUCACACUCUCAACUUUCUACAUCGCGUCGCGCACCAUCACAGUCCCACUCUCAACUUUCUACAUCGCGUCGCGCACCAUCACAGUCCCACUCUCAACAUUCUACAUCGCGUCGCGCACCAUCACAGUCACACUCUCAACAUUCUACAUCGCGUCCUGCACCACCACAGUCCCACUCUCAACAUUCUACAUCGCGUCCUGCACCACCACAGUCCCACUCUCAACAUUCUACAUCGCGUCGCGCACCACCACAGUCACACUCUCAACUUUCUACAUCGCGUCGCGCACCAUCACAGUCCCACUCUCAACAUUCUACAUCGCGUCGCGCACCACCACAGUCCCACUCUCAACUUUCUACAUCGCGUCGCGCACCAUCACAGUCCCACUCUCAACAUUCUACAUCGCGUCGCGCACCAUCACAGUCCCACUCUCAACAUUCUACAUCGCGUCGCGCACCACCACAGUCACACUCUCAACUUUCUACAUCGCGUCGCGCACCAUCACAGUCCCACUCUCAACAUUCUACAUCGCGUCGCGCACCAUCACAGUCACACUCUCAACAUUCUACAUCGCGUCCUGCACCACCACAGUCCCACUCUCAACAUUCUACAUCGCGUCGCGCACCAUCACAGUCACACUCUCAACAUUCUACAUCGCGUCGCGCACCAUCACAGUCACACUCUCAACAUUCUACAUCGCGUCCUGCACCACCACAGUCCCACUCUCAACAUUCUACAUCGCGUCCUGCACCACCACAGUCCCACUCUCAACAUUCUACAUCGCGUCCUGCACCACCACAGUCCCACUCUCAACAUUCUACAUCGCGUCCUGCACCAUCACAGUCCCACUCUCAACAUUCUACAUCGCGUCGCGCACCACCACAGUCACACUCUCAACUUUCUACAUCGCGUCGCGCACCAUCACAGUCCCACUCUCAACAUUCUACAUCGCGUCCUGCACCACCACAGUCACAUUCUCAACAUUCUACAUCGCGUCGCGCACCACCACAGUCACACUCUCAACUUUCUACAUCGCGUCGCGCACCAUCACAGUCCCACUCUCAACAUUCUACAUCGCGUCCUGCACCAUCACAGUCCCACUCUCAACAUUCUACAUCGCGUCGCGCACCACCACAGUCACACUCUCAACUUUCUACAUCGCGUCGCGCACCAUCACAGUCCCACUCUCAACAUUCUACAUCGCGUCGCGCACCAUCACAGUCACACUCUCAACAUUCUACAUCGCGUCCUGCACCACCACAGUCCCACUCUCAACAUUCUACAUCGCGUCGCGCACCAUCACAGUCACACUCUCAACAUUCUACAUCGCGUCGCGCACCAUCACAGUCACACUCUCAACAUUCUACAUCGCGUCCUGCACCACCACAGUCCCACUCUCAACAUUCUACAUCGCGUCCUGCACCACCACAGUCCCACUCUCAACAUUCUACAUCGCGUCCUGCACCACCACAGUCCCACUCUCAACAUUCUACAUCGCGUCGCGCACCACCACAGUCACACUCUCAACUUUCUACAUCGCGUCGCGCACCAUCACAGUCACACUCUCAACAUUCUACAUCGCGUCGCGCACCACCACAGUCACACUCUCAACAUUCUACAUCGCGUCGCGCACCACCACAGUCCCACUCUCAACAUUCUACAUCGCGUCCUGCACCACCACAGUCCCACUCUCAACAUUCUACAUCGCGUCCUGCACCACCACAGUCCCACUCUCAACAUUCUACAUCGCGUCCUGCACCACCACAGUCCCACUCUCAACAUUCUACAUCGCGUCCUGCACCACCACAGUCCCACUCUCAACAUUCUACAUCGCGUCGCGCACCACCACAGUCACACUCUCAACUUUCUACAUCGCGUCGCGCACCAUCACAGUCCCACUCUCAACAUUCUACAUCGCGUCCUGCACCACCACAGUCCCACUCUCAACAUUCUACAUCGCGUCGCACACCACCACAGUCGCACUCUCAACAUUCUACAUCGCGUCCUGCACCAUCACAGUCACACUCUCAACUUUCUACAUCGCGUCGCGCACCAUCACAGUCCCACUCUCAACAUUCUACAUCGCGUCGCGCACCAUCACAGUCCCACUCUCAACAUUCUACAUCGCGUCCUGCACCACCACAGUCCCACUCUCAACAUUCUACAUCGCGUCCUGCACCACCACAGUCCCACUCUCAACAUUCUACAUCGCGUCGCGCACCACCACAGUCACACUCUCAACUUUCUACAUCGCGUCGCGCACCAUCACAGUCCCACUCUCAACAUUCUACAUCGCGUCGCGCACCACCACAGUCCCACUCUCAACUUUCUACAUCGCGUCGCGCACCAUCACAGUCCCACUCUCAACAUUCUACAUCGCGUCGCGCACCAUCACAGUCCCACUCUCAACAUUCUACAUCGCGUCGCGCACCACCACAGUCACACUCUCAACUUUCUACAUCGCGUCGCGCACCAUCACAGUCCCACUCUCAACAUUCUACAUCGCGUCGCGCACCAUCACAGUCCCACUCUCAACAUUCUACAUCGCGUCGCGCACCACCACAGUCACACUCUCAACUUUCUACAUCGCGUCGCGCACCAUCACAGUCCCACUCUCAACAUUCUACAUCGCGUCGCGCACCACCACAGUCACACUCUCAACUUUCUACAUCGCGUCGCGCACCAUCACAGUCCCACUCUCAACAUUCUACAUCGCGUCCUGCACCACCACAGUCCCACUCUCAACAUUCUACAUCGCGUCGCGCACCACCACAGUCACACUCUCAACUUUCUACAUCGCGUCGCGCACCAUCACAGUCACACUCUCAACAUUCUACAUCGCGUCGCGCACCACCACAGUCACACUCUCAACAUUCUACAUCGCGUCGCGCACCACCACAGUCCCACUCUCAACAUUCUACAUCGCGUCCUGCACCACCACAGUCCCACUCUCAACAUUCUACAUCGCGUCCUGCACCACCACAGUCCCACUCUCAACAUUCUACAUCGCGUCCUGCACCACCACAGUCCCACUCUCAACAUUCUACAUCGCGUCCUGCACCACCACAGUCCCACUCUCAACAUUCUACAUCGCGUCGCGCACCACCACAGUCACACUCUCAACUUUCUACAUCGCGUCGCGCACCAUCACAGUCCCACUCUCAACAUUCUACAUCGCGUCGCGCACCACCACAGUCCCACUCUCAACAUUCUACAUCGCGUCGCGCACCACCACAGUCCCACUCUCAACAUUCUACAUCGCGUCCUGCACCACCACAGUCCCACUCUCAACAUUCUACAUCGCGUCCUGCACCACCACAGUCCCACUCUCAACAUUCUACAUCGCGUCGCGCACCACCACAGUCACACUUUUAACAUUCUACAUCGCGUCCUGCACCACCACAGUCCCACUCUCAACAUUCUACAUCGCGUCCUGCACCACCACAGUCCCACUCUCAACAUUCUACAUCGCGUCGCGCACCACCACAGUCCCACUCUCAACAUUCUACAUCGCGUCCUGCACCACCACAGUCCCACUCUCAACAUUCUACAUCGCGUCGCGCACCACCACAGUCACACUCUCAACUUUCUACAUCGCGUCGCGCACCACCACAGUCCCACUCUCAACAUUCUACAUCGCGUCCUGCACCACCACAGUCCCACUCUCGACAUUCUACAUCGCGUCGCGCACCACCACAGUCCCACUCUCAACAUUCUACAACGCGUCGCGCACCAUCACAGUCCCACUCUCAACAUUCUACAUCGCGUCCUGCACCACCACAGUCCCACUCUCAACAUUCUACAUCGCGUCGCGCACCACCACAGUCCCACUCUCAACAUUCUACAUCGCGUCGCGCACCAUCACAGUCCCACUCUCAACAUUCUACAUCGCGUCCUGCACCACCACAGUCCCACUCUCAACAUUCUACAUCGCGUCGCACACCACCACAGUCGCACUCUCAACAUUCUACAUCGCGUCCUGCACCACCACAGUCCCACUCUCAACAUUCUACAUCGCGUCGCACACCACCACAGUCGCACUCUCAACAUUCUACAUCGCGUCCUGCACCACCACAGUCACACUCUUAACAUUCUACAUCGCGUCACGCACCACCACAAUCACAUUCUUUACAUUCUUCGUCAAGUCAUGCACCACCACAGUCACACUCUCAACAUUGUACAUCAUGUCGUGCACCACCACAUUCUCGUGUAUAUUAAGUCCGUAUUAA